UGUGAGCUUAAAAUGCCGACAUAAGUCAGCAUUUUUCAGUUUCAAGUUCAUUGCUUUUUAUUCUAACUUAAAACUGUGCAUGUCUUUAUGCAACCCUUUCUGAUUUUUAAAGCACUAAUUGUAUUUCAUAAAAGUAGUUAAUAGUGAAUAAACAAAUUUUUUAUCAGAGGACAGUUCAAAAUAGCUAUUGGAAAUGGCAACUUCUGGUUCAGUUCAUAAAAGUUCAGAUACAGUCACAGACUAUUCUUGUGUUGGUUGCAAAAGUAAAAAAAUGGAAAAAAGUGCUGAUUUUUUUGUGAAACAUGUUGGAAGUGUUUUUGCGAAAAAUGCCUUUAUCAUCAUGAUCAAGUAUUUGAAAACCAUUUGACAUAUGGAAGAAGGGAAACAAAUAAAUGGCCUCUUGAAAAGGCAAUUGAGGAUUUGCUUCUAAAAUGUGAUGUUCACAGCAAAAAGAAACUGAAAAUGUUCUGUGAAGACCACAGUCAGCUGUGCUGCUCUGAUUGUGUCUUACUGAAUCACAGACAGUGUGCAAAUUUGGCUCUAAUAUCUGAAUCAGUCAAAAAACUGGCUGUGGAUAUGAAGCAAUUGUCAAUCAAAAUGCAAUCAAUUAUUGCUGAGCUAACUACGUUUAAGAGAGGACAAGAGACCAGCAUUCAGUCCAUUGGGGGAUCAUGUAGUGAAAAACUGCAAGAAAUAAGAGACCUGCGUAAGAAAUUAAAUGCUGCUUUAGAUGAACUAGAAAAUACAACUUUGAAAGAACUUGAUGAAAUGAGGACCUCAUUGCAAACCUCCCUUAAGAAAGAUGUUUACAACUGCAGCAGACUGAAGGAUGAACUGCAGCAACUCAAUGAAGCUGUACAGAGCCUUUGUGAUAAGAGCAUUGAAGACAUUGAGUUCAUAGCCAGCAGGAAAUGUCUGGACAAGAUACAAGAGUCUGAGACUUAUCUGAACGAGAACCAAGUGAAGAUUCAGAGUUAUAUCAUAUUCUUGGGAAAUAUUGACAUCGAGCAGUACCUGUCUCAACAGUCUAGUCUUGAGAGGAUUGCAAGCAGUACACAGUCUCUUAAAAUCAAAAUGAAUCCAGACCAGGUGUUGACUGUGAGGAGGAAGUCAGAGUAUAAUGUGAAAAUAUCAAGUGACAGUCAGAAUUGAUAUAUCAGAACCAUUUGCAACCUGCCUAGCGGUCAUGUUACUGUUGCAGAUGACCAUAAUAAGAAAGUGAAGCUGUUUGACAAGCAUUACAAUUUGUGCAGUCAUUGUGAUGUGUCUAGUGCUCCACAGGACAUUUGCCAAAUCACAUCCAGUGAUGUGGUUGUGACUCUUUGUAAUAGUACAUGUGUGCAGUUUAUGUAUGUAACCAAUGGUCAGCUUCUUAAUUGGAGAAAGUUACAGUUACCACAUGCUGCUCUUGGCAUUGCCCACCAUCAGGGAGCGUUGUAUAUCACCUCUGGCACUGCUCUCUACCACUUCAAUCUGACUGGGACACUUGUGAAAAAGCUUUAUGAGCAUGGAGGAGGUAGCAAUACAGUGUACAGAUGUGCGUUGAGUCCUGCUGGUGACCGUAUCUAUGUCACCAACCAUUCCCAGCACAAGCUCCUCACACUGACCACAGAUGGCAGCCUUGUUUCCACCUUUACGGACCCUGAUCUUCAACACCCACAUGGUGUACAUGUCUCACCUGCAGGACAUGUCCUUGUUUGUGCAUGGACAUCCCAUCAUGUCAUUCAGAUGGAUAGUGAGGGGAAAAAGAAUCUAACAACUCUGGCUUCACAGAAAGAUUUAGUGAGCCAACCAUUGUCUCUGUGCUACAACACCAACAUUCACCAGAUCAUUGUGGGACUAAACAAUAACAAUAUCAGUGUCAUGGAAUUGCAAUAGCUCUUCCAAUGGAUUAUAAACAUCAACAUAAACACGGUUAUUAAUGUAAUUUGAUUUUCCAUUUUUUCUUUGAAUGUCAUAUUUAGUCCUAGCUGUUGAUAUAUAUGUUAAGAACAGAGCAUAUGGUAAUUAUACAGUUUUUUUAUUAACAACUAAUAAAUAAUCUCUAAAUUUAAAAUGAGUUGAUUGAAUGCACCUAAACUUGUAUCAUUUAAAACAAUCAUGUACGACAACUUUCUAUGUUGAUGCUUAAAAGAUUUUGUGUGUGGCUUCUUGUCACAUAUUGUUUGUCACUAAACACAUUUAUAAUUAAUUUUCUGUUAUACAUGUAUUAUGUUUAAGUGAAUGUAUAUGUUUCAUUAUCCUUAAGCAAUUAUUAAGAGCAAAUUAUGUUUCUAGUAAUUUAUGAGUUGCUGUUUUUAUGCUCCCGGAUCGAAAGAUUGUGGGUAUAUUGUUUUUGGUCUGUCUGUCUGUCCGUCCGUCCGUCCGUCCGUCCAUCCGUCUGUCACUGUGUGUGUGUCACAAACUUUAACCUUGGUUAAAGUUUUGUGAUAACUUUUGCAAUAUUGAAGAUAGAAACUUGAUACUUGGCAUGCAUGUGUAUCUCAUGGAGCUGCACAUUUUGAGUGGUGAAAGGUCAACGUCAUCCUUCAAGGUCAAAGGUAAAAAAAAAAUCCAAGGGAAGUAAUAAGCUUUCAAGGGAUAUAAUUAUCUGUACCUGCCAAAUGAAAAAAAAAUCAAAGCGGCACAAUAAGGGUCAUUGUAUUUCUGACAAUCACAUCUCUUGUUUAGUAAAAAAUAAUGGUAUUUGGUAUUUGAGCCAUUUUUGUAUGUGUGCCUUUGAUAGCCUUAUGGAGUCAUUAGACCACAAAACUCAUAUCCUGGAAGAACAAUACUCUUGAAUUCAAUCAAUACAAUUUUAAAGUUAGUUUGAAGCGUCUCUUUGACAAUUAAACUACUUUUGGCUUCAGUUUUUAGUUUGGUCAAAAUAAAGCACUCUGACGUUAACCACCUAAGGAUGUACAAAAGUCAGCACUUUAUGGUGCUUUUGUGAUGGCAUUCUGAUUUAAAAAGUGGUUCAGAUUCCUUGAAUAUAUGUCCGUAAUGGGUGGAUCAGUUAUUUGACUUUGGGUAACAUUCAUCUCCAAUUAUCAUGAAACUAGCCCAGAAGUUUUUUCUUUUGAUAUCUAGGCCCAGUUUAAAUAUAGGGGAGGGCAGUUUUCCUUAUAUGUCAAUAGUGAAACCUUGUUAACACUGUAGAAGUCACAUUUGUUGCCCAAUCUUUAUGAAACUUGCUCACAUGUGCUCUUAUGAUAUUGAAAAUGAAGUUGUUUUUGAUAAUGAUUUGAAUUUGAAUCUUAUUUGACCUUUCAUCCCAUAAACAUGGUAUAUCAGGAGCUUUAGGUAAUCAAUCUGUUUGAUCUACAAUUGAAUCAUAGGUGACCUGUUUAAUUUUGCAUAGGCUGCCUCGAUCUUGUGCAUGAGAUACAACCUACUGCCUAACUGGAUUAUUAUCUCCCGCCAUAGGCUGAGGGAUAUUGUUUUGGCGUUGUCCAUUCGCUUUCCGUCCGUCGUUCCGUCCGUCCGGAGCCAUACCUUGGAGGUGCUUUGGCGGAUUUCAUUGAAACUUGGUAUGAGUAUAUAUAUGUUUAAGAGGAUGAUGCACUCCAAAUGGCAUUGUACACCAUCUGUUAAUUACGGAGUUAUGGCCCUUUGUAUUUUGAACAAAUGCUUUUUUGAGUGUCAAAUAUAACACUUUUGUGUCCAGAAGCAUAUUGGCGGGGGAUAUCAAUUCAACGAAUUUGUUUGUUCCAUUUGAGUUGCCCCUCCUGUUAUAAAUUAAUCUAGGGUUUAAAUACGUACAUAUACAUUCAUAGUUCUGUUUUGAAAAUGUUUUCAGUUAACAAAAGUUUGUCAUAAUAAAUCUGCCUUGAAAUUAAAUAUUUAUACCUCAUAAAGUAAUUAUAUUCAACUUUUUACUCUCACAACUGAUUGCAACAGAUGACAAUAUGUCAGCAUAUCUGUAUUUUGUAUGUAAUAAAUCAAAGUCCAGUUAUAACAAAAAAAAUGUGAAGAGUUUUAUCUCGAUCAUCAUAGAAACUUUUAUAGAUGAUCUUUUUGUACAGUGGCAUACCUAUUUUAAAUUUUUACAAUUUGAACACUGUAGAGGCAAUAUUAUUGGCUAAUCUUUUUGAAAGUUGGUCACAAUUGAUAUUAAAUUUUGUUUUUCAAAUAUCUCGGCUGUGUUCUAUAUUUAGUCAUGUGGGGUGGAAAACAAGUUCAUCAUAUCAACUUGAAAUACAUUUAUAACUCUUUGGAAGUCAGAUUUUUUUUGCUUAAUCAUUAUGAAACUUGCAAAAGAAAUUAUUUUGUUUUAUCGAAGUUCAUGUUCAGUUUGAAAAUGUUGCAGUCCAUUAAAAACCUUACUUCCAGAGGGUGCGGCAGUAUUUCUUGUGUGACUUAAGUAAAACAUUGUGAAAAAUGAAGAGAUCACAAUUUUACUAAAUCACCUUGCAAACUGUUCAGAACUUUUGUUUUAAUAUUAUCAUAAAUUUCUCAGGAGAGUUCAACAAUUUCGUGAUGAAAUACCUGGCUGCCAUGUGCUGAAGUUUAUUUUGAUAUGACAAGAUAAUAUGUGUAUCAGACUUUUGUUUCAUGAUAUUUCAAAACAAUUGACCAACCAGAAGCAGUCUUUUUGUCUGAUUAUCAAACUUGGGCAGGACUUUUGUUCUAUUAAUGUCACUGCCCACAUAAUAUCUGUGUCAUGGGGGUUAAGAAGUAAAAUUUAUUUCGCAAACAUCAAAAGCAGAUUAGAUAAAAAAAAUCUUUGGUUCUCAGGUGAGCACACCAGGGCCUUAGGCCCUUUUGCUUUUGUUCACCGGACAUACACCCCAUCCUGAUUGGAUGUCAAAUAGUAAAAUAUCUCACUGACUUUAUAACGUCAUGCUACAAGCUUUCUAUGGGGGAGCUGUAAUUGUGUGAUCUCACUAAGAAGUUUCCUAGGGAGUAAAUUUAAGAUAAGGAGCAAAUAUUAAUACGAAAUAAAAGUUAAAAACUUUCUUGCUGAUAUGGCUACAAUGUGAGGGCCAUUACCCCGUCUGUGAUUUAAUUCUAAAUAAUUUCUGCAGUACCUGGCACUAUGGAAAUGAAUGAUGCAUUGUUUUGUUUUCU